AUGGGCUUAGAGGUGAAGGUUGAAGUUCUUCACAAAGAAAAUAUUAGUCCUUCCUCUCCAACUCCUCACCCCCUUCGAUUUUUCAGCCUUUCUGUUUUCGAUCAGUUAACUCCCACAGUUUAUUUCCCACUACUUCUCUUCUACCCCAAUACUGUUCAACCUCGCGAUCGUGAGCUUAAUAGUAUUGAUCCCCAAAGUUUGGUUGUUGAAAGAACCAAGCUUCUGAAAACAUCACUCUCUGAAACCCUAACUCGCUUCUACCCCUUUGCAGGAAGAAUCCACGAUCAUGCUUCAAUCUGUUGCAAUGACCAAGGAGCUGUGUUUGUUGAAGCUAAGGUCAAGUGUUCCAUAUCAAGGGUCUUGGAAGAACCCGAUCUUGAGUUUCUAACAGAAUUGAUUCCUAAGUUGGAAUCUACUGAUGAAGGAGAAACAGGCUAUGUUCUUCUAAAUGUCCAGGUCAACUUCUUCGAGUGUGGUGGAAUCGCUAUUGGAUUCAACGUUUCUCAUAAGAUGAUUGAUGCCUUCACACUCAGCACAUUCGUCAAUAGUUGGGCUGCAACUUCGCUUGGCUUUGGCACCAGUGAUCAUACAGUGUUCCCUUCACAUCAAUACGUUGGCGCAGCUUCUCGUUUCCCACCACUGGAUCUGUUCAAGUCACCGCCACAGUUUGGAAAACUUGCUAAAGAAAAGUGUAUAACAAAGAGAUUCGUGUUUGAAUCCUCAAAAAUUGCAUAUCUCAAGUCUGAAGCUGCCAGUGAUGCCGUGCCGAAUCCCACGCGAGUCGAAGUCGUGUCAGCACUGAUUUGGAAAACUGCUAUGAAAGCAUCAAGUGCAAACUCGGAUUCUGUAAGACCAUCAUCAACAUGGUUGCAAAUUGUGAAUAUGCGGAACAUAUUGGCGCAGCCAUCUGGGAAAAACUUGAUGGGGAACCUUUUGGGGUUCUUUGCAGCAAGAUCGACGGGAGGAGGUGAAAGCAAAGAUGAUCUUCAGGGCUUAGUUGCUGCGAUGAGGAAGGGGUUUGAGGAAUUUAAGGUGAAGUAUGGUACUAAAUUUGUUAGUGGGGAAGAUGUAAGUAAACUCAUGAAUGAGUAUAGGGAGCAGAUGCAGAAGGAUGAUAUAGAGUGCUAUUGUUCCACCAGUUGGUGCAGGUUUCCUUUCUGUGAAGCCGAUUUUGGAUGGGGGAAGCCAUUGAUGAGUGUUCCUGCAACUGUAGAACUCAAGAAUUUGAUUAUGCUGAUGGACACCAGCGAUGGAGGUGGCGUGGAAGCACGCUUGACUUUGAAAGAAGAAGACAUGGCCAAAUUUGAAAAGAAUGAGGAGCUGCUCGCAUUUGCUUCUCUAAAUCCCACUGUGACUUAG